AUGGGAAGAGGGAAGAUUGAAAUAAAGAAGAUUGAGAAUUUGACUAGUAGGCAAGUAACGUUUUCAAAGCGAAGAAAUGGGUUGUUGAAGAAAGCUAGAGAGUUGUGCAUCUUAUGCGAUGCAGAGGUUGGUGUCAUUAUUUUCUCUACCACCGGCAAGCUUUACCAGUGGUCUAGCACCAGCAUGGAAGACACUCUUUUAAGAUACAACAGAGGGAAGGUAGUGGAACAACAUCCUUCUGAUGAUCAAAAAGCAGAGCAAAACUCACAAUCAUUUGACGUAAGCGCUCUAAAAGAGGAGUAUUUAAAGUUACGUGCGGCAUACAUGCGAUUGAAUGGUAAGGAGCUGGAGGGUCUAAGUUUCAAAGAAGUACAACAACUGGAGCAUCAAUUAAAUGAAGGAAUAUUAUCAGUUAAAGAACAUAAGGAGCAAAUUCUACUAGAGCAGCUUAAAAGAUGUAGACUACAGGAGCAGAAAGCUAUUCUUGAGAACCAGAGUCUACGUAAACAGGUUGAGGAACUGCAGCAAAAAACAAGCUCUAAUUCACUUGAUUUCAAUCCGCUGCAAACAAAAAUUUCUCUCAAUACUUCAAAGCCAGAUUUUCAUUUUGACCACCACUAUCAUCAUCAUUCAGACACUUCCUUGCACUUGGACUUGGGGUUGUCAUCAGAUGAUGAACGCAAGAGAAAAUUGAAAAAAAAUUGAAGCAGAUAAUAAUGAUUUAGAGAGUCAAAUAGCCUAGAAUGAUUUUACCUACCUUAAUAAAGAAGAAAAAAACCUGCUAGCUUCAGUUAAUUUCUUCAAACUCUUAAUCAUCUCUUUAGGCAAUUAGAUUUCUUUUUGGGUUCUCUCAUCCUACAAUUUGCAGAUUGAUUAGUGCUCUACGCUGUGGUCUCAGCAAAUAAACCACUUUUUUUAAUUAGUCUCAUGUUUCAAAACUCAACUUGCUGAUUCAAAAUGCAAUCAACUUCUCUAUUGGGUUAAGUGAGUGUUGAAUACGGAAAAGUAUUGUUUAUUUAUUUUAAUUUUUUUUGAAAGUGUAAGUACGAGUUACUCUGUUCAGUAUG